CACACGACCUUUGUCAUGCACAAUAACUUACCUGGACCUGGAUCAGGGCUACAACAAAUCCACAACUACCUUACAGUCCCAAUUUGGCCUCACCAGGCUUCUUUCUGUUUUCCAAAGUUGGAAAUAGCUGGCAAGAAAAAUUUGUCCACAAUGCCAAAAGACAAAUCUAGUGUGGCUUCUACUUCUGCUGGGGAUGAAGAAGUUGAUGUUAAGCCAGACUUAAGUGAUAUUUUAAGAUGUGGUGCAUGUGAAAUGAUUUUUUUCAAUUUGGAUGAUUUUGUUGCUCAUAAGAGUGAAGACUGUGAAGUUUCAAAAAGUGGCAAAUAUAGUUCUGAAGAAAGUGAUGUUGAAAUAAUUCGUCAUUCCCCAAUUAAAGCAAAAAAGCAUGGCAAACCAUCCAAGAAGCAUAAUUAUGAAAAUUACCGAAUGGAAUAUCAUUCACCUUCUUACGAAAAGAAGCAGAAAAAAAUUAAAUAUGGCGAUUAUUAUGUGUCCAAAAAGGACAAAAAUCAGUUUAAAAAUAGAAGCUUGUAUAAAGACAUUGAAAUUAAAACUGAACCAUUAGAUGAAUAUGAAGCAGCCUCUUAUUGUGGAAUAUGUGAGAAUUGUUUGAGGACUGAAGAUUGUGAUGAGUGUGAAGUGUGUCUUAAAAAGAAAACAGGUUCAUGGAAGUAUGCCACUAAACGUUGCUUGUUAAGGCAGUGCAUCGAAGAAAUUAAUGGCCAAGUUUAUCAAGUGGAGAAAGUACUUGACAAGCGCAUCGUUGAUGGACGUGUUGAGUAUUUUUUGAAAUGGAAAGGCUAUCCUGACUCUCAAAAUGGCUGGGAACCCGAAGAAAAUAUAUACAGUAAGGAUCUGAUAUAUGAAUUUGAGAGAAGACAAGAACUUGAAGAAAAAAGGCGUUUAGCUGCAGUGAAACGUUCCUUGCAAGACAGAAGUGGGGCAUCACCUGCAAAGAAAUUGAAACUAGGACCAGAUGAUGUUGUAUCUGGAACAGUUGUUGCUACGGAUUCUUUAUUGCAAGUUUUAGGUCUACAUCGGGAAUUAGGAGAACUUGAAUUUUCACUUAAUGAAUCUUCUAAAAAGCAAUCAAGUGCAACUUCAAAAGUUUCAAAACAGAAUGAAAAUCAAGAAAAAAUGUGGGAAAUUUUAAAUCGUAUUCCACCAAGUAUCUCACAAGAUGGAAGUACAGAAAGUACUAGUAAUGAAGGACCAUCAGCAAUUUAUUUGCCAAAACCAGGGGAACCUGGAAAAUACAUAUUAGUUAUGGGUGAGCAAAAUCAAAUAAGUUUAUUGCAGCAAUCAAAUUUAGAUCCUAAAGUUUCAUUGGGACCUAAAAAAUUAGUGCCUGAAAUAAUUUUGGACAAUGAAAAUACCAAAAACUCAAUAAAUGUUUCUGAUUUCAUACCUAAAAUUAAAGUUGAAGCUACUGAUGAUGAUGAUGUACAAGUAUUAGGUCAUACACCAAAGAAACAAAAUGCAACUUUAUAUGGAUAUAUGCAGUCUAACACCACAACCCAUAAAAAAAGACCAGGUAGACCGAAAAAGCCAAAAGUUGAUCCACCUAGUUUUAUUGAUGAGGAAACAAAUGAUUCUAUGAAAAAUGCAAAAGAUGGUUCUUAUUCUGAAGAAAUAGUAGUACCUGGUAAACGUCGCCGUGGCAAACUGCCAUCAAGAUGGAAUGAUUACAUUGUUGAAAAUUUUGAUGAAGCAAUUACUUCAUCUGCUAAAACUAAGCAGGAAAAAAUAUCUGAAUCAGAAAUGGAUCUCUCAGGUGACAGUAAUUUUGAAGGUGAUUUGGCAGGCGCAUAUGAUGAUGAUGAUGACGACGAUGUGAUCUUGCCUGAUGGCACAUCUAAACGUAGUAACAAAACUGUGGGGUCCAAAGGAGUAUUAUUGCCUAGACCUGUAGUGAUACCUCUUGGGGGUGGAGAUCCACCACAACAUUCUGGGGUGACUGAGGACAAAAUGUGGAAAUUCCCAUCUACGAAAAAGCGUGGUAGGCCUCGUAAAUUUGAACCACAACGACAUAUAAUAGUGCAAAACAUGACUGCAAGUCCAUCAUUCUCUUCAGGCUCAAAACCAGAAUUCCGUCAGAGAACAUUAACUGUAACUCCAAUAUUUAAGACCAAUGCUGUUUUAUCCAGACCAGUGCAGCCAACUCCUGAAAGUGGUAUGAAAACUCUUGUUACUGCAGGUGGAGAGAAAAUUUUAAUUCCCGAGUUGGGUGAUGAAAAUUCUGCUCCUGCUGAUGAAGAUGCUUCUCCUUCUAAUAAUAUUUCAUCCCAAGAAGGUAGUAUCAAUUUCCGUGAAUUAAUACAGGACCCGAACUUCAGUCCUUUGAAAAAAACCCCAACACGAAAACCUCUUCAGUUUACACAAGAUGUUCUUCAAAGAAUGCCAAGUGGCAGAGGAAGAGGAGGUGCUCAGGCAAUGAAGCGAAGACCUGGACGUCCUCGUAAAGAAGAUCAAUUGAGUCGUCUUAGUAAUGGAGGCUAUUUGGGUUCCACACUAAGUGAGCUUAUGUGCAGGAAGAGUUCAAUAGUAAGUCGAAAAAUAAAGGAAGAAAGAGAAAUUAAAAAGAAUCGUGUAUUUGUUGUUAUGCAAGAUGGAACAAUGGUAGAAGUUAGUGGAAAUGAUCGCCAGAAAGCUGUACUUAAAGCUACAGCAAAAGUUGAAGCAAUUCGUAGAAGUGUGGGAAGAAUUCGGGAAAUUGAAAAAGCUAAGUACAUGGAAGAUGACGACGAUGAUUAUGAUGAUCCAAAAAAGCCUGGUGCCAGAUAUGCUUAUGCUUUGAAAAAACGUGGUGACACCCGUCCAGCUCUUGAAGACUGCACACUGGAAACUAUUGAUGAUUAUAAUGCUAUGAUUCUACCAAACUCUGUACAACUUGUUGAAAGUGAGCUGCCACUCAGUGAAGCUGAUAAUUGUGAUAAACUUUCUGGCAUGUUUUUAUUUCGGCAAAUAUUUUCUUCCUAUGAUAACACAUUACAGUGCUUAUUUUGCAGGAAUAAAUAUUCUCUCCGUUUCCCUGCUGAUCUCGAAAAGCACUAUCAUGUUAUUCAUGAGUUAGCAGUUCACACAAAUAAAGCAGAGUUUAAUGAGAAUAUUGUAUUUGUCUGUGUUCCAUCAGAUGUCAAUGAAGAAACAACUUUGAACUCUGCCUGCCGAUUUUGUGAAACUACGCUUAAAACACUGGCAGAAGUUCGAGAUCAUUAUCCUAAUGCCCAUAAUAAAACAGUGAGGCUAGUUCCUGAAUCUGAUGUAACAGAGAUUGGAAAUUUCUUUUAUUGUGGACUGUGUGGUGAUCCUUCAGUGGAUUUUAAAUCUCACCAUCAACAUAUGAAAUCCAUGCAUAGGAUGCAAACAUAUGUUUGUCGCUAUUGUACUUAUUGCACAUCAAGGCCAAGCAGACUCAGAACUCAUGUGAAGCAAAGGCACCUGCAAGAUCAACCUGGGCCACAUUUACAGUGCUCUGUUUGUUCAGUAUAUGUACAUGGCAAAGACAGGUUGACGAAGCAUAUUAUGUUAUCUCAUGCUGUUCAGACUGGUCCUAAAACAUGGUCAUGUGCAAAGUGCCUAUAUCCUUAUGGUGAUCCUCAUGAAUUGAUGAAUCAUAUACCUACUUGUCCCAAAUUACAAACAAAUUCUGAAGCAAAACUUGCUGAAACGCCACCUAGUAAUCCAACUAAUAUCUUUUAUAAAUGUAAUCAUUGUUCUCUUACAUUUUCAUCUGAAGAAGAAAUAAAGAAACAUAUGGCAGACGCUGCUCAUAUUGGAAAUGCUGAUGACAUUGUUGCUUCCAAUGUUAAUCAUCAAGAAAACUAUGAUCCAUCAAAUGUGGAUCGCAAUACAUGUUUUUUGUGUUGCAUGAGGUUUCCCAGUGUUGAAAUGUGCAGAAAGCACCAGCAUCAUGUUCACAUGCGUUGGGUAUCCAAAUCAGCUAUAGAUUAUUCAAAAGUUGAAUAUUCAGGAAUUUCACAAAAUGAAAAUGAAGGAGAAAUUGGGCAGGCUAUUCAAGAAAUUCAGCAAAAUUCUGUUCUUGAAAUUUCUUUGAACCAGAAUGAUCCUUCAUCCAUUAUGAGUAACCUUGAACAAUUUGAAAUUAAUGUAAAAUCUCAAAUAAAUGGGCAACAGAUAUUUGCUCAAGGCACAACAGAAACAGCUGAAGGUGAAAGAGCUGUUACAGUUUCAAUUAAAGAAACACUUCUUGAUCAGCACUCUGGCACAGAUUUUAUCUCCACUGACUUAAAUGAUCCUAACAAAGCUACAAAAGUAUUUGAAGCCAUAGAUUUCUUAGAUGUAGAUUCUGUUAAAGAUACUGAUGGAGAAAAAUCAAAUCUGAAUAGAGAUUUGUCAUCAAAUAAUAUUCCGUCUGGAAAAGAAGAAUCAGAUGUAAGCAGGGAAUAUAAACGCUUAGGUGAUUUUGAUAUUUCUCUGGAUGAUCUGCCAGAUGAUAAAGAAUUAGCAGAGAUAGGAUUUCCCACUAAAGUGGGCCACUUCUGUCAUUUAUGUGAUGCAGUCAUUAAAAGUUAUCGGCUCUAUUAUCUACACAUGUAUAACUUACAUCAGCUGGAGAAACGUUUUCAGUGUAUUAUUACAGCUUGUGGUAGAACUUUUACUCAGACUUUAGCUUUUCAAAAGCAUGCCAUCAAUCAUAAUCAGAAAAGUGAGCAUUAUUGCAGUAUGUGUGAUAAUGUAUUUGGAGAUGAUGAAGAAUUACAGGAUCAUUUAAUUAGUUCAGAUCAUGCUAACAAAUAUAUGCAAGUUCAGGUAAGACUUUUUUUUUUUUUUUUUUGUUUUGUUUUUGUUUUUGUUUUUUUGUGUGUGUGUGUGUGUAAUAGUGUAAUUAGCUGCUGCUUACUGGCUGUCUAAAAUCAGUGUAAAUUU